UAAUCCAAUCCAAUCAUAUCCGGAAGGAAAGGAACCCCCAAUACUUAUAUGUGUAUCCAUCUGCCUUCUCUCUGCAACACAAACACCUCCAAUCCCUCCCCCUCUAAUCCCCCAUGGAAUUUCCCUGCGUUAUUAGCAUGUCCAAAUUGCGCAAAAGCCUUGAAAAACUGCUAAUCUUUACACGCUGCUUAAAGAUCGUACUGAUAGUAGCACUUAGCCAUCUGGGACUGCUUAAACCUGCAGUAGAGAUGAAUGAGCCAACUGCCGACUCCAUGGAGCACCACCAGCAUUCGAAUCCGAACAAUUCGAUACUGGCGCUCGAUCCUGAGUGCCCGUCGAUAGUCUCGGUCCCGAUCCACGUUCUAACGGAAUACAUCAAGAGGCGGCUUCCGGUGGUAGAGUUUGGUCAAGUUUUCGAAAAAUACACAAAGCUUGGAGAUCAAGAAACAGCUUGUAGUAUAUGCUUGGAGUGCAUAGAGAGGAGCCAUGAGGUGAGGGAGCAGUGCAACUGUGACCAUGUGUUUCACAGGAAGUGUCUGGAUGGUUGGGUCAAUCAGGGGCAGGUGACCUGCCCUUUGUGCCGAGCAAUGCUGUUUCCAAGCAAGAGCGAAACAGUAAGCUGCGGCCGAGGAAAUUUAGGGUGGCCGGAAGGGGAUGACGCCUACUUCGGUAGGUUAGAAUUCAUUGUGAGAUGAGUAAUUUUUCUUUGAACACUUUUACAAAUUUACUGAUAAGCCACAUAUGUAAGGGUCUGUUUGGUAUUCUAUUUGAAUCCAACUUUUUAAACUUAAAAAUAAAUU